AUGAUUUCGAGGGAUUUGACACAGUGUAAAGCUUAUGGGAUCGUCAUCUCGGCACUCCGCGACAAUUCCAGCAGCUUUGGAACUCCCCCAUAUUACAUGAUCGCAUGGAAGCCGAGAGGCAUUCCAACUGUGUCGCUCAUUGGAUCAGACCGUAAUAAUUUAUCCUGGACCGUCAAUCAAGCGAGUGGCUCUUCCCUUUUGCUCACGGUCGCUGACAGCCAAGGGCUUUCGGGUGGAGAGGCACCAUUUAUUUACAAUGUUUCCGACGGCAAUUCGAGUUGCCUUCCUUCGCCACCCUCGACGAAUAUUACGUUAGUUGCAAAUCUUUCUACAUCAGAUCCUUUAGAAACAUGCGAGCUACUGGGUUUACGCGUUUUUGGUGGCCAAAAGCCGUACAUCAUUUCUCUUGCAGCCGUAAAUUCUUCUGUAGUCACCAAUGUGACGUUGGGUGGAAAUGACGAUGUGUUGACUUGGCCAAAUAGAGCUGAUCCUAACGGACGAAUACUUGCUGCUGUUUCAGAUGCGAACAGCAUAUGGGGCACCGGCACUAGGUUAUUCAAUACUACUGGACAACCUGCGCAACCCGACCCGUGCAUGGGAAACCCCUCUACAGAUAAUUGA